CGCGGUCUGCGUUCACCGCACUCCCCAGCGGCAUAAAAGCUCUCUUUUGACACCAUCGACAGUAGUUCUACCUAACAAAUGGCCCGCUUCUCUGCCGCUGUAAUCGCUUUGACGCUCGCGGGUGUCGCCACUGCGCAAGUCUGUUCCUCAGGCAGCUGCUGGACCAGCCCUUCCAACGCCACCGACCACGGAUGCCAGACUUGGGCGGGCGGAGUCGAUGCCUGGGCCACUUGUGGCUUCGAGGGAGCUGUGACCUGCACGACCUGUCUGCCGUGCAACACCGAACACUGCUACACGUCUCCUUCGCAAGCUACUGGUGCCGGAUGCACCGCCUGGGCUGGUGGAGUCGACGUCUGGCAGACAUGUGGAUUUGACGGAGCCAUCACUUGCAGAACCUGCGCCGCUUGAGUUGUAGUCCAGGACGCGCGCAAAUAGUACAUGCUUUGAUACUUCUAAUAUAACACCUUUCUUGACGGUUGACGCUGGGACAGCUGGGGGCGAGGGAAUCGGAGUGUGGCGAUGCUCUGAUAGGCGCGUGCGAUGGCGGCGGAGAACAACGAUCUGAGCUAUCUACGGAACAAUCGGCUUGACUGUAGAUCCGAUCAGCACAGCCACCGAUCACCCUUCCUUGCCCACCGACACAACGCGUCACCCGGUUGCUCGUCUCAAAAUACACACCAAGCCAUCCGAGUGGGCCGAAAAAAUAGCAUCGACAAGGAACUCUCCAUUCUCCAGAGGCCGGAUAGUCAUCCGCCGCCAUUCGCACAGCAGCGGCUGUGCCGCGUUCGCGACCGAUCUACAUAUAGCC